AUAAUAUUUUGAUGACGAUUUUCUGUUUUAUUUAUUCGCUUGAUAAAUCAUGAAUGUGUGGAAUGCUGGUUUACUUUAUGAAAAGCCCCUGAAAAAGUUUCCUAAAUUCUGCUCUAUCAAGCUUUCACGGAUUUUGUAAUCAGCUCUCUGGAAUUUUUGGAAAAUGACUAUUAGUUGAGAAUCACCAAGAUACGAAAUCUUUGCUUUUCUGGCUCCACAAAUCUUUUUACCCAGAGUUACUGCGCCGCGCCUCUGGAUUUUCAGAAUUUGAGUUGAAAUUGAAUUACUCGCUUUUGUCCUUUUAUUGCUUCUACUCAAAUUCGAAAUUCAGUCGGUUACAUUUCGUGAUUGAAGCAAGGUGUUGAUCGCUAAUUUUUCCUGUUCAAAUUGUUUAUUUCAAUCUCAGAAAUAGCUAUGGUUCAUGAAGAUGACAGGGGGAGAAGGUCAGGUCUUGAGAUUAUCCCUGAGGUUGACAAGAGACGUCGUCGGAUGAGAUCUUUGAGGAGGAAGGCCAUGACAAGAGGCACUAGUUCUCUGAAGAAUAGCAGUAAGCAUGUGUUGCAUUGCCAUUUCGCCUCAAUUUCGACAGAGGACUUUCCUGACGAGGAGGAAGAGAAGGCAGUGAAUGCAUUUCGUCAGGUUUUGCUUGAAAGGGACCUGCUUCCAGCGCGGCAAGAUGACUUCCAUACUUUAUUGAGAUUCUUGAAAGCUAGAAACUUCGACCCUCACAAAACCCUUCAUAUGUGGGAAGAAAUGUUGAAGUGGAGGAAAGAGAAUGGAGUAGACUCUAUUCUUCAGGAUUUUGUCUAUGAAGAGUUUGAAGAAGUUCAGCACUAUUAUCCUCAUGGUUACCAUGGUAUUGAUAAAGGAGGGCGGCCUUUGUAUAUUGAAAGACUAGGAAAAAUUGAACCGAACAAGCUUAUGAGUGUCACAACUGUGGAUAGGUUCUUAAAAUAUCAUGUUAAAGGUUUUGAAAUGACUUUUGUAGAAAAGUUCCCAGCAUGUUCUAUAGCAGCCAAACGGCAUAUUGAUUCAACAACGACAAUUUUGGAUGUACAGGGCCUGAACUGGAUGAGUUUUGGGAAGGUCGCACAUGAUCUAGCUAUGCACAUGCAGAGAAUAGAUGGAAGCAACUAUCCUGAGACUCUACAUCAUAUGUACAUAGUAAAUGCUGGUGGUGGAUUCAAGUGUCUUUGGAAUUGGGCUAAAGGCCUUCUUGAUCCAAGAACAACAACGAAAAUUACUGUUCUAGGGACUACAUUUCAAGAGAAGCUAUUGGAAGUGAUAGAUGCUAGUCAAUUACCCAAUUUUCUUGGAGGUUCCUGCUCAUGCCUGAAUCAAGGUGGUUGUCUUAGAUCUGAGAAGGGCCCCUGGCAAAAUCCACAACUGAUGAAGCUGGUACACACAUUACUGAAUGGCGAGUUGAUUUAUCCGAGAAAGAUGAGCUUUUAUGACGAUGAUGAUAUUCAAACUAAGCUAAUUGACAAGGGCUUAAGAAGUGAUAUUUUUCGUGUUGGUUUUUCUGAAAGUGAUGAUUUUGGGAUGCAGCUGAUUGAUAUGAAGCAGGAAACAAUGUCUCUUGGAGAACAAUAUAAAGUUGGCUCCGGAGAUGAAAAUCACUGUCCACCAAAAUUGACCACAUUGGCCCCAGAACAAAGGGCACAGAAGGGAUUGAUCUUUACCAAGGUGACCGAUGUACUGUUGAGAUUUCUAGCAUGCGUUUGUUUUUUGCUCAAGGGGCUGUUCAGGAUAUUUUUCAAGACGCAAAACACUGAGAUACUAAAAGAAAUUAAUCCCACUACUCAGUUACCGAAUUCAGUUUCUCCGGAUGAACAGGGCAUCCGUGGAAGUCCCGAGGGGCUUAUCCAUCCGUGUUGGCAGAAGUUGCAGCAUUUGGAGAAUUUGGUAAAUGAGCUUACAAAAAGGCCAGCAAAAAUUCCACCAGAAAAAGAUGAAAUUUUACUUGAAUCUAUAAACCGCAUCAAAUCCAUUGAGCAUGACUUGCUGAAAACUAGAAAGGCACUUCUCGCCACAACAUCAAAACAAGUGGAAUUGUCUGAGUCAUUGCAGACUUUGAAGGAGAUCAAUCUAAAGGGAAGUAGAGGCUGUUGGGUACGAAGCAGCAAGUCUCUACCUCGCGCAACCUAACAUUCAUGCACUAACACCAAAGAAGAGUCUGCCCAUAUACCCUUGUAUUGUACCUCAAUCCUUUUCUAACAUCCUGAGAUUCAGUUGCUCAGUGGUUCAGAAAACUAGUGGCAAUAACACUGUUAUUCAGUUGCUCGGUGGAUCAGCAAACUUGAGGUACAUUAUGUGUCGUUCUAUCUGCACAUCCAGGUGCAUUUGUGGAUGUGCUUUUUCUAUCUUUAGGUACUAAGUUCAUUGGUUAA